AUGGAGCUCCGCCCAGUCGUCUCGGUCUGCCGUUCGGUAGCGACAACAGCAGCGAGGCCAUCCCUCGCUAUCACGACCCGACCGUCACCAUUACCAUCGGCCCUCGUCCUCCUCCAACGCCGCUCCUUCACCCCCAACACCAACAACCAGCGGCCCGCCGAAGCCACAGCCACGGCCACAUCCACCUCCCCCUCCUACACCACCAGCAACCCCAGCAGCAGCCCAAGCCGCCUAUCCCCACUGCUGCCCCCGCGCCCACCCCCGGCCCAAGCCGGCAGCAGCAACAGCGCAGCAAGAAGCGGCUGGGCCAACCCCAAAUCCGCCCUCAACAAACAACGCCUCUUCGACAACACCACCACCACCUCUCCCACCUCCCCCCUCAGCGGCCUCGGCGGCAAAACCCAACUCCGCGGCGGCCUAGGCCUAAACAGCGGUCUCGGCAGCGGCAGUUCCUUCCUGGACCGCAUCGCCAAAGACACCGACCGCAGCACCACCCCCGGCGGCGGCGCGGCAGGACGCUACACCAUGUGGGGCGACACCACCCUGGGACGGUACGACCUGGCACCCGAACCCUCCCUCCGCCUUCGGCCGGCGACGGGUCGCACGAUUGAUUUGCAGGGGCGGGUGGAUUUGGCAAGGGGGUUGAGGAUGUUGGAUCGGAUGGUGGGGCAGAAUGGGAUUCGGAAGAUGGUGAGGUUGGCUAGGGCGCAUGAGAGGCCGGCGUUGAAGAGGAAGAGGUUGUGGAGGGAGCGGUGGAGGAGUCGGUUUAAGGAGGGGUUUCAUGCUGCGAAGUGUCGGGCGCUGGAGUUGAAGAGGCAGGGGUGGUAG